AUGUCGGACGAUGAACAGAAUGACCGAAGCCAACGAAGACGGUUAACAAUAAGUGCCACUCCUUAUGCAAGAACAGUCAAAAAGCCCAAAGAACUAUCGGAUGAACAGUUUGCAAACAUUUUGUACACAUUUACCCUGAUCGAUGCUAAUAAAGACGGAAGGAUCUCGAAACUUGAGCUGAAAGACGCCGCCUUUCUGAUCGGAAUGAAUCCCACGGAUAAAGAUAUCAAAGCAUGGUGGAAGAUUGCAGAUACCAAUCAUGAUGGUUUUAUUGACGUUGACGAGUAUGUUGCCGUGAUGAAAUCCAAUUAUAGCACAUUAGAUAUAGAAAAGGAGCGACUCAAGGCUGCAUUCAAAGUUAUUGACAAGAAGGGAGACGGGCGUAUUCAAAGAGUAGACUUUAUUCAUAUAUUAACCUGUAACAAUAGUUCUAUCACGAAAGAGGAAGCGGACAAAAUGUUUACAGAAGCAGAUAGCUCAGGGAAAGGCUUCAUUGUCUACAAAGAUUUUGUCGAUUCAAAGCUAUGCACGUCGAUUUUUCAGUGAAAUGUUUGCUUUUGUUGACCGGUGAAUUACCCG